AUGGCCUCCAAGCACAUAUCUCGGCCUUUGUUGAGGCUGUCCAAUCCGGCCCUGCAAUGUCGUUCUUUCUCUAGACCUGCGGUACCUUUGACGAGAGCAAUUCCUCGACAACGGAGAACUACCCUGAGAACAACAAGACCUCUCUUCGUCGCGGGCCAAAGACGGUCGAUAUCUGCGAGCUUACAGCGGAAGUAUGCCGAUGUCGACGAAGCAUUCGAUCCUGCUACAAUCGACCGGGAGUCGGACGAAGUCGACGUCUGCAUUGUUGGCGCUGGCCCGGCAGGCUUGAGUGCCGCCAUCCGGUUAAAGCAGCUUGCCAAUGAAGCUGGAAAUGAAGAGUUCCGAGUGGUUGUGCUAGAAAAGGCGGGCGAGGUCGGGGCGCACAUGUUGUCUGGCAAUGUGUUGGAGCCACGAGCCAUCAACGAGUUGAUCCCAGACUGGCUGGCAGAGGACAACGAGAACAGAUUUACCGGCGCUACACCUGCCGGCUCCGAUAAGAUGCGAUUUCUCACAAAGUCGGGUGCCAUUCCGAUCCCGGCUCCUCCACAGAUGCACAACAAGGGCAACUACAUCAUAAGCUUGAGCCAGUUUGUCAAGUGGCUAGGUGAAAGAGCCGAGGAGAUAGGCGUGGAAAUAUACCCGGGCUUCUCGGCCUCAGAAAUACUGUAUAACCACGAGGGCGCUGUCAAGGGCAUUGCGACCAAUGAUCAAGGCGUGGGACGAGACGGCAAGGCGAAGGCGAAUUUUGAACGCGGCAUGGAAUUUCACGCGCGGGUCACCCUCUUGGCUGAGGGUUGUCAUGGCAGCUUGACCAAGAGGGUGUCGAAGAAAUACGACUUGAGACGGGACUGCCAACCCCAGACCUACGGACUCGGCCUCAAGGAGGUCUGGGAGAUCCAGCCGGAAAAGUUCAAGAAGGGCGAAAUCGCUCACACCAUGGGCUACCCAUUGAACAGAAACACGUACGGAGGCGGCUGGAUGUAUCACUUUGGGGACAAUCUUGUCAGUCUAGGGCUGGUGGUUGGCUUGGACUAUUCCAAUCCCUGGAUCUCCCCUUACGGCGAAUUCCAACGCAUGAAGCUGCAUCCGUUCUACAAGUCUGUGCUUGAAGGUGGAAAGUGUAUCGCAUACGGCGCUCGCGCCUUGAACGAAGGGGGCUUCCAGUCAAUACCGAAAUGCGCGUUUCCCGGAGGUGCGUUGAUCGGCGAUACCGCCGGCUUCUUGAAUGUGCCAAAGAUCAAGGGAACGCAUACGUCGAUGAAGUCGGGCAUUCUGGCUGCCGAGGCUACCUACGAGGCUCUCAACUCGAACAAAGAGGAUAGCACGAUAUUUCUGUACAAUUACGAAGACUCACUGCGGUCGAGCUGGAUCUGGCCUGAACUGAAGCAAGUACGGAAUAUGCGACCGUCGUUUCAUAAUCCGCUCGGCCUUUAUGGGGGCAUCAUGUAUUCUGGUCUCGAAGCGUACAUUUUCCGUGGCAUGACUCCCUGGACCCUACGGCACAAGAAGCCUGAUUGGGCCAACACCAGGCCAGCCGAUGAGAUGCCGAAGAUCGAAUACCCCAAGCCAGACGGUGAAAUUACCUUUGACAUUUUGACCAGCGUAUCAAGAACGAACACAAACCACGAGGAGGACCAGCCUGUACAUCUACAGGUCAAGGAUUGGGAUGCCCAUGCUCAAAUGGACUACCCCAAGUACAAAGGCGUGGAGAACCGAUUCUGUCCUGCUGGAGUGUACGAGUACGUGGAGGACGAGACGAAAGAUCUGGGCGUGCGCUUCCAGAUCAAUGCGCAGAACUGCAUCCACUGCAAGACGUGCGAUAUCAAGGAUCCCAGCCAGGACAUCAAUUGGCAGACGCCGCAGGGUGGCGAGGGGCCAAGUUACAGCAUUACUUGA